AUGGAGGGGGCGCGGGUGGUGGUGGUGGGCGCGGGGGCGGCGGGGCUGGGGGCGGCGCGGCGCCUGCUGGGGCGGGGGGGCUUCGGCGACCUGCGCCUCUUGGAGGCCUCCGGGCGAGCGGGGGGCCGCGUCCGCUCCGUCAGGCUGGGGCACAAGGUGAUAGAGAUGGGUGCCCACUGGAUCCACGGGCCCUCCUCGGAGAACCCCAUCUUCCGCUUGGCAGGGGAGCACGGGCUGCUGGAAGAGAGCGCCAUGUCAGAGGAGAACCAGCAGGUGGAAAUUGGAGGGCACCUGGUGCUACCCUCCGUCUGCUACUCCAGUGGGGGCCAGGUGGUCAGCCCGGACCUUCUGAACUCUAUGAGAGCACUCUUCUUUAGCCUCUUGGAAGAAACGCGAGGGUUCUUCUCGGGCGCAGCAGAAGUGCCAGUGCCCAGCGUGGGCGAGUACCUCAGAGAGGCCAUUGCUCGUCAGGCAAAGGAGUGGCCGGAAGACGAGGAGACAAAGCGCCUGAAGCUGGCUGUCCUCAGCAUGUACCUGAAGAUGGAAUGCUGUUUGAGUGGGACACAUAGCAUGGACUUGGUGGCUCUGGGCCCUUUUGGGGAGUACGCCAUCCUCCCUGGCCUGGACUGCACCUUCCCCAAUGGCUAUGAAGGCCUCAUGGACCACUUGAAGGCCUCUCUGCCCAAAGAUGUCUUGCUGUUCCAUAAAGUGGUGACCUCGAUACAUUGGGGGGGCUCCUUCAUGGAGACUGCCACAGGUCGGCUCUUCCCAGUGCAAGUGGAGUGUGAAGACCACGAGACAUUUUUGGCGGAUCACGUCAUCAUCACUGUCCCUUUAGGUUUCCUCAAAGAACAUCAGGAGACCCUUUUCCAUCCUCCGCUUCCACCUCGGAAGGUGGCAGCGAUUCAGCGCAUGGGCUUUGGAACCAACAACAAAAUCUUCCUGGAAUUUGAGCAGCCGUUCUGGGAGCCAGACUGUCAAGCUGUUGAGGUGAUAUGGGAGGAAGACUCGCCACUGGCCGAGACCCCUGCUGACUUCUCGCUGGCUGCUGCCUGGUUCCAGAAGAUCGGGGCCUUCGUUGUUCUCCACCCACCAGAGAGGUAUGGACACAUCCUCUGUGCCUUCAUUGCUGGGAAAGAAGCAGAAUUCAUGGAAAGCCUGACCGAUGCAGAGGUUCUCAGAGACCUGAUGCAAAUGCUUCGCCGCAUGACAGGAAAUCCACACCUGGCACCUCCAAAGAACAUCCUAAGGUCCAAGUGGCAUAGUGAACCCUUCACCAGAGGCUCCUACAGCUAUGUGGCCUUGGACAGCUCUGGAGAUGACAUUGAUGCUCUUGCCCUGCCGCUUCCUGAGGACGCAUCAGAUCCCAAGGCACUGCAGGUUCUUUUUGCGGGAGAAGCCACGCACCGAACUUUCUAUUCUACUACUCAUGGUGCCUUAUUGUCUGGCUGGAGGGAAGCAGAUCGCCUCAUCCAUCUCUAUGAUGGUUUGGAAUCCCAGCAACCUGCGCCUAAACUGUGAGCCCACAGCUGGCAGGCAGAAAAGUCACUCCUCUUCCCACAUUAGUCAUGAGAGGUGGCAUAGGAAUGGUUCCCACUCUGCAGCCUUCUGACCAGUCUGCUGGGCAGAUUCUGUCUUCUGGAGGCCAUCGCCUGGUGGACUAAUGCCAAAGGGCUCCUAACGCUUUUUCUGCAUGCAACAGAUCAGCCUUCGGAAUAAAUAAUAAAUCUCUGGCAAGGCA